AUCUAUAUUGUAUAGUUUUACUUUUCAAACUCAAAGUCUAGUAGAAUUCCAAACGAACACGACGGCGACUCCAUCAACUGCAUCGUCCAUGGCUACUGCUGAUACGGUGGAUUCUACUCAGUCACUUCUUAAGCAGAUAAGGAGCCACGAGGUUUCAAUAGCGGAGCUCUCUGUACUCUCUUCCUCUCGUUCUGUUUAUCAGAAAAAUGGGAACAUUUUCUUCAGAACAACUGUACAACAGGCCACAGCAUCUGAACAGAAACAACUUGACACAGCCAAAGCAAAGCUACAAAAAGUGAAUAUCGUGAGAGGAAACUAGACCUACCCCACCUCAUUUUUCAUAGUAGGUCCUCUUCAAAUCAUCAUGUCAUAUUAUACACCUUGCUUAUAUAAGUUUUGUUAAGAUUUUAACAAAAUAUCACCAAAAUGGUCAUGGGAAGUUGUUUGGGAAAGCCUCUUUUACUUGCUUUGAACAACCAAAUUCUAUGCACACAGUUUAUUGAAAAACAAGGUGUCAAGGAUUGUACCUUAAGCUUUUAAUCUUGUACCUUUCUGAUUUUGAUGACACAUUGUAUGGAUUAUGGAUUCUAGUGCAGCAUUCCAUGCAAUUUAUGCAGAGGAGUGAUGUAGAGUUUCAACUUUCAAGCAUUAAACCAAUACAUAAAUAUUUAGUCUAAAAGAAUUGCUAAAGACUAUUAUUGUACACAAAUUUCUUGAAGAAUUUUUGUAGUCUUUAACUAUUCUUUUAGACUAAAUUAUUGGUUGUGUAAUGCUUGAAAUUCUGCAUGGAAUGAUGCAACAUCCGAUUCAAUAAUCAAGGAUUCAAUUCGACUAGACUCUCUAAUCAUUGGACACGAUAAUCUUAAAAUUCUGGAGGGGCGAAAAAUGUAAUUUAGUUUCAAAUGUUUGUUUAAUAAAAUGGAUUGAUUCUUUGUUGUA